GUGCUCCAGUCUACCAAAUUCUCUGCGAGUCUGCUGUUCUCCUCCUGCAAGACGGCGGCGGCGGAGCUCAAGGAAGAGGUAGAAGAGCGGCCGCCGGAGUUUUCAUGGAUGUUACGAGAGCCUUCUCCGGAGCUGCGUCGUCUGCCUUCUUUAUCUCUCCUUCGACUUUUACCAGCAGACGACGAGGCUCCUCGGGAAUGAUAUCCCCUCCUUUUUCUUCUUCCGCUUCCUCGCCACCAUCGUCGACGUCUUCUCGUUCCGCCGAGAAACUUGGACCUAUCCGUGCCGCGACGCCAUCGGCUGCCAUUUCUCUCCAGGAGGAAGGGGGGAAGAGGGUCGGAGGAGUGAGUGGAGAUUCCUUCAUUCGUCCCCACUUGAGGAGGUUGUCCCCUUAUCAGCCCAUACUUCCUUUCGAGGUGCUGUCAUCCCGUCUUGGGAGGAAGCCAGAGGAUAUUACUAAGCUUGAUGCAAAUGAAAACCCCUAUGGCCCACCUCCUGAGGUGCUUCAAGCUUUGGCCACACUGAAGUUUCCAUAUAUUUACCCUGAUCCUGAGAGCCGUCGUUUAUGUGCUGCACUUUCUGAAGAUUCAGGCCUUGGUGCUGAUUACAUUCUUGCAGGCUGUGGUGCAGAUGAGCUAAUUGAUUUAAUCAUGCGUUGUGUUCUUGAUCCUGGUGACAAAAUUGUAGACUGCCCUCCAACUUUUACCAUGUAUGAAUUUGAUGCUGCAGUUAAUGGGGCACUUGUGAUAAAGGUACCAAGAAAACCAGAUUUUAGCCUGGACAUUCCUGGCAUUAUCGAUGUUGUGGAGCAGGAGAAACCCAAAUGCAUAUUCCUAACUUCACCAAACAAUCCUGAUGGCAGUAUCAUCAAUGAUGAAGACCUCAUGCACAUCCUCGGGCUGCCUAUACUGGUUGUGUUGGAUGAGGCAUAUGUGGAGUUCUCUGGGAUGGAAUCAAGAAUGGCAUGGGUAAAAGAAUACGAAAAUUUAAUUGUACUUCGUACAUUUAGCAAAAGAGCUGGUCUAGCUGGACUUCGUGUGGGUUAUGGGGCAUUCCCUCUUUCUAUUAUUGAAUACCUUCGACGUGCAAAACAACCAUAUAAUGUUUCUGUGGCUGCUGAAGUGGCUGCUUGUGCAGCAUUGAAUAACCCUGGUUACUUAGAGAAGGUGAAACAUGCACUAGUGGCAGAAAGAGAGCGACUGUAUAACCUUCUAUCUGAAGUGCCAUUUUUGAAGCCCUAUCCAAGCCAUUCUAAUUUCAUUCUCUGUGAAGUGACUGGCGGAAGAGAUCCCAAAAAACUCAAGGAAGACCUUGUGAAAAUGGGUGUGAUGAUACGACACUACAGCAACAAAGAAUUGCAAAGUUAUGUACGAAUCUCUGUUGGAAAGCCUGAACACACCGACAUCCUUAUGAAGUGUCUCCAACUCUUGACUUGACUGUAGUAUGUGCCUUUUGGAGCAGAAUGUAGAUGCAGUUUCCUGCUGAUAUGUUGGGAUAAUAAAAGGUUAAAAGUUUAGUUGCUGUAUGCAUGUGGCAGCUAGAGAAAUGGUUGGUCACUGUCCCCAAUCUGUUAGCACAUUUGGUUUGUAUAAGAUUUAUCAUUGCCAAUCUUCUGAUGAAUUAUCUUGAGGAUA